CAAAGGGUGGGAAAGCUGAAUUAUCUGGUUUUCAAGGCCACAAGGAAAUUAUUGUUAAUCAACUGUAAAUAAAGAAAGUAAUCCAAUACCAAUCAUUCGUGUUUGGAAUAUUAUCUCUGUUGUGAUUAACAACAAACAAUGCCAACAAUCGAUAAAGCUUUAGCCUUAUUAAGAAAAUAUCCUCGAGUUUGUCCUCAGAAUAUAACUGAUCUUCCAGGAAGCAGACGACCCAAAUAUCAAGGUUUACAAAGAAAACGAAGAGGUUUUGGUCAUCAUGGUGCUUCUCAAUUCCAAGCAUAUCCACCUUUGGGAGUAUUAGAUUCAAAGACACCAUUUUAUUUAUCUGUUCCAAGAGAACCUUACAAUAUUAACAUAUCUGAAAACAAUCUUUUCCGUAUUUCUCUCCUAGAACUUCAAAGAUUAAUAGAUCUUAAUCGAAUAAAUCCACUAGAACCUAUUGACAUUUCUACAUUGUGUAACACUAAUCUUUAUCGAUUAAAUGUAGAUCAUGAUCGACACUAUGGUUUCCAUUUAACCGAUGAAGGUAUUGAUAAUUUUGUUACUCCUGUUAAUAUUGAAGUUCAAUAUGCUAGUGAAGAAGUAAUUGCAGCUGUGGAAAGAGUAGGAGGAAUAAUUUGUAAUCGUUAUUAUGACCUGUAUUCUGUUUGGGCAAAAUCUGAUCCUGAAAGAUUCUUCAUGAAAGGUAUCCCAAUUCCAAAAGCUAAAUUACCUCCGAAUACUUUGAUUCCAUUCUAUGCAAACGCUGAGUCUCGAGGUUAUUUGGCAAACCCUGAAGAAGUAGCAAAAUCUCGAGUUUGGUUAGCUCAAAAAUACGGUUAUAACCCAAUUGAUUUUAAUGCCUCCUCGGAAUCCAUUCGAGAACUGAUGUCUAUGCGAAAAGAUCCACGACAAAUAUUUUAUGGUCUAGAACCUGGUUGGCUUGUUAGUAUUCCUGACAAAAUUGUUUUAAAGCCUAAAUCUGAACUUCUUGAAACCUACCACAAAUCAUGAUUCCUCAAGUAAUAAUUGUAUGAAGUGUUGUUUUUGAAAACAAUUACAAUUUUGUAAAUGCAUGUUAACUACAAAUGAUAAAUAGUACACAUUCAGUUGUAAAAAAAUUUUAUGCAUAAAUAUGUAGUGUAAAUCUGUGUGAUUAGUAAAUUAAUUAUGGUUUCUGGACUUUUUUUUGGAUUGUAGAACAUGCAUAAUAUGCAUCGAUUCACAAAAAACAGCAUGCAGUUUUUUUGUUUUACCACCCAUCAUUUUUGUUUUAGUAAUGUUUUCACAUUGCUGAAGCGAUGUCAUUUGACUGGUUGGCAUAGAGUUAGAAAUG